CCUUUCCCUCCACUCGCUCCUCUGCUCAGCCCCACUCUGCGCCAUGCCGCGCGAACGCUCCCGCUCUCCCAAGCGUUCUCGCUCGCCUGAGCGCUCGUCGCACCGCCACGAGCGCUCGCACGGCUCCUCGUCGCGCCACGCCCGCGACGGCGACCGCGAGCGCGACUACGAGCGCGACCGCGAUGCCCGCAAGCACGAGUCGUCCUCCUCGCAUCGCCGCGAGAGGAACGACAGGGACAGAGACAGCUACAGGCGUCGCUCGCGCUCGCGCGAGAGGGGCGAUGCCGCGGAGAGCUCUCGCCGGCGAGACAAGGACCGCGCGCGCUCGCGCGACUCGUCCGACGACGACGAGGAGCGCAAACGGCGCAAGCGGGAGCGCAAGGCCGCAAAGCGAGCGUAUCGCGAGGAAGAGGAGGCGUCGGCGCAGCGAGCCGUCGCCGCCGAGGCGCUGAUGUAUGCUGCCGAUGCCAAUCCCUUCAACGAUGCCGACCUGGGAAGCAGGUUCAAGUGGGGCAAGAAGGAGGAGAAGGAGAAGAAGCAGGGCAUCAGCAGAGUGGAGGCGGAUCGCCGGGAUGCAGAGAGGAGGCGGGAAGCGCAGGAAGAGAUCGCACGCCUCAACCAAAAGCGUGCCGAGCGCGAGAUUGAACAAGCGCAGCGCGAAGAGGAAGAGGCGCGCAUGGCUCGGCUGGCCGAGUCGGCGGCCAUGUCGGAGUGGGUCGCGCGCGAGGACGACUUUCACCUGGAGCAGAGCCGCAAGCGCAGCGCCAUUCGCGUGCGCGAGAACCGCGCCAAGCCCAUCGACCUGCUCGAGAUCAACCUCAAGUGGACCACGCCGCGAGACAGCAGCAAGGAGGGCGAGGAGAUGGAGGAGGAAGAGGCGGGCCUCGAGAUCGACCUCGACGAGCCAUACGCGAUCCUGGAGAACCUCACGCUCGAAGAGACAGAGGAGCUGCACCAGGACAUCCAGAUGUACCUGACGCUGGAGAAGGAGGAGCGCCAUCUCGACUUCUGGCGCUCUAUGAUCGUUGUUUGCGACGACAAGCUCGACGAGCUGCGUCUCGCAGCCGAGCAGCGCUCCGGCGCCAUGCCGUCGACGCGCAUCGACCCGACAGUCAAGGCUGAGAUGGACAGCAUGUUGUCGUCCAAGUCGCACGCGCAGCUCGUCGUGCUGCAGGACCAGGUGCGCGCCAAGCUGCGCUCCGGCGAGAUGAUCGACGUCGAGUACUGGGAGGGCCUGCUCAAGUCCAUCGUCGUCUGGCGCGCCAAGGCCAAGCUGCGCGACGCGCACGAGCUCGUGCUGGCCAACCGCAUCGACUAUCUGCGCAAGAAGCAGCGCAAGGACGCCGAACGCAUGCAGGAGGAGCUGCUGGCGCAGAUGGAGGACGACCAGGCCGUGCAUGCCGAGGAGCGCGGAGGCGGCGCCGAUGCCGACGUCGCGCAGCGCGCCGAUGCGGCGAGCAGCUUCGAAGCGGAGUGGGACAGCUCGAUGGAGCCACGCAGCUUCCUGCAGCAGGAUCUGCCGUACGAGGAGCGGCAGCUCGAGACGACCGAUCCGGAUGAGGAUCGUGCCGCGCUCAUCGUCGCCCGCCGGCGCAUCAUGCAGGCCACCUUUGUGCCGCGCACGCGCAAGCAGGUCGCGCGGCCGGCAGACGCCGAGGUCAAGGGCGAGGACAUGGAGCUGCAGAUGUGGAAGGAGGAGCAGGCGGCAGACAUGGACGUCGAGGAGGAGGUCUUCGACGCGGCAGAGGAGCUCAUGGAGACCAACUACAAGUGGGAGGACAAGUACCGGCCGCGCAAGCCGCGCUACUUCAACCGCGUGCACACGGGCUACGAGUGGAGCCGCUACAACCAGACGCACUACGACAGCGUCGAGAAUCCGCCGCCGAAGGUCGUGCAGGGGUACAAGUUCAACAUCUUCUACCCCGACCUCAUCGACAAGACCAAGGCGCCGUCGUACCGCGUCAAGACGGACCCCGAGGACCCCGACACGGCGCUCAUCAUCUUCACGGCCGGCCCGCCGUACGAGGACAUCGGCUUCCGCAUCGUCAACAAGCCGUGGAAUCAGUCGCAUCGGCGAGGCUUCCGCGCCAGCUUCGACCGCGGCGUCAUGCAGCUAUACUUCAACUUCCAGCGCCAGUUCUACCGCAAGUGAGGCGUGAGCGAGGCAGUUGUGCGCUUCGAAGAGGCAAUGUCAGGCCAUCAGUCAUCAGUUCUGG